CCUAGCUCUCUGCCGCCAGAAUCCUGGGAAACGUCCUUGAGUUGGGCGCAGACUGCCCCCAGAUGUGCGCGAUUGAAGCUGCGAGCCAGAGGCAGGGCGGCGGAUGCAGGCGGUAGCAACAGGGAGCAGCAUCCCGCCACACUCUCCGGGAGCGACAGGGCAGCUCUUGGGAAAGGCUGCAAAUGUAGAGGCGCUCAACAGUCAGAUAUUUCUGACUUCAUGUGAUCUGCGUGUGCUGCACUAUACAUUUUAAGAGUUGUUCAAGGCUCAGCUGAACACAAUGCCAGGAUUGUUAAACCAGUCGACAUGGACACCUCUCCCUUUAAAUGCAUCCAGUAUCAGAGCCUGCAUGAAUGGCUUCUCCCUCAGGAUAUCCACGAGCCUCACCUAUACCAACCCAGAAAAUGUACCGGUAGAAGGUGUAUUUGUUUACCUGUUGGACGAGUCAGAGGUGGUGGCUGACUUUGAAGCUUUGACAGCAGGAAGGCUAGUAACCACCCAGGUAAAGAACCGGGCAAGAGCUGAAGAUUGCUGUUUUGAAUGCUACAGCUGCUCCAACCUGGCACUUCAAUGUAGCAAAGGUCACCUGAUAUUGGAUGAAGACAUGGAUAGAACCACUUUCAUUGUUAGCACUGGGCUGAUUGGCUCUCUGGAAACCAUGGCGAUAUUCCUGACCACUACAAUGGAGCUUCAGACACAACAGGAUGGCACUGUGCAGGUGCUGUUUCCUCCUGUGUUUAUGCCUCUGGUACGCAAAAUUGAGGGGAAGGUUGAGUCUACAAGAAGUGCUGGAGAACGGUUUAGUUCUGCCAAUUGCUUCGGAGCAGGGGGUAUCAGAGUAGAGAAAUCCAACAAACACCGCAGCCUACCAGAGAUCUUAACUGGACAAGUAUUCAACCCAGUACCAUAUGAAUUUAGCUUUGAGAUGCUAGUGCGCGGCCCCUGUCUCCUAGCAGGUGUGGAGAGCCCCACACAUGCACUACGGGCUGGUGCAGAUCCCAUUGCUCGGUCUGCUUCCACUCUCUACAUCACACUGGCCGAGAAACACCAAUAUGACAGGAACCUCCAAAUCAUAUUGCAUCCAUGUGAGCCGCAUGUUCCACACCUCCUGCUGGAGAAAGGCAGCUUGAGUUUUGAAGAGUAUGAGCAGCACAUUAAAAAUAGACGGGAUUUCACUCGGGUGUUGAAAAAAAACUCUAAUACUGACAAAAAGGUUGAUUUUGUGCGGAAACGUUUUCAUAAGGACAUCAGGUUCAAUCCUGUGCUGAUGUUGAAUUUCUGCCCUGACCUCCACAGUAUUCCAACAGAUUUUGGAAGCGUGACCAGGGAAAUUAUAUUCCUGAUCGACCAAAGUGGUGACAUGAGUGGCAUUAAAAUGGGGAAAAUAAAAGAAGCCAUGAUAGUUGCUAUCAAAAGUUUACCUCCUGGAACGUUACUGAAUAUCAUUGGUUUAGGCUCGAAUGUGAGGACUCUCUUCUCUUCCAGUCGGCUGUGUAGUGAUGAGACCCUGUCAUUGGCCUGUGAGUAUAUUCAGAGAAUGGGAGCUGACAUGGGCAGCACCAAUAUCCUUGCUGCUUUAUCCUGGAUUUAUAAGCAACCAGUGCUUUGUGGGUAUCCUCGACAGCUCUUUCUUUUGACUGAUGCAUCAGUGUGCCAUGCUGGGAAAAUUAUAGAGCUGGUUCGAAAAUAUGCAACCUCAGCAAGAUGUUUCAGUUAUGGGCUGGGUCCGAAUGCUUGCAAGCGGUUACUACACAGAAUAGCAAAGAUCACCGGUGGAACAUUUGAAACUUUCAGUGAAGGUGAACAGCUAAAACCCAAGCUAAUUAAAUCUUUAAAGAAAGCAAUUGAGCCAGUCUUGAGUGACAUCACCAUCGAAUGGUAUCUCCCCGAUACUUUAGAAGUUCUUCUGACUCCAAUCGAAAUUGGACCUUUGUACCCAGGCGACCAUCUCAACAGCUAUGGAGUCAUUUACGAUCUUUCUGGAUUCCAAAAGAAGAAGAAUGUCGUUCCUGAGGGAUCUUCCACGUCCGUCUUGACUGACAGAAUGACUUCUGAAAAGAAUGACAUUGAAGAAGCACUGAAGGAGAUUUCUCAGGAGAUUUCUACAGAGUUUUCAGGCGUAAAUGCUGAGGAAAAUGAAAGAUAUAAGGACUCAGAGACGGAUUCAAUCAAUGAUUUGCGAAAGCGCAUGUCCCUCGCCUCAUAUAUCCAUGAGCAGUAUACGUUGACACAUUGUUCCAUUAGCAAUCUUAAAGGAAAUAGGGAUCGAAGCAUGUCGACCUGUGGCUCAAAUAGUAGUGACUCUACAGAACCUCCAGAUAUUAGCAGGGAAAUAGCAUCCUUCCCACAUGGUUUGGAAAAUAUUGCACAUCAAGGACAGAAAAGCUUGGUGCAUUGGGAAUCAUUGGGAAACAAAUCGCUGUCCAACUUUGAACCCCUCAAUAGCAAAGGCUUCUUUGGAAUUGACCCUGCUUCAGACGAGGCAAGGAGAAAGAGAAAACUGAUAGCACAAGCAGCCCUUUCUGGCCGGAGUUUCUCAUCACCAAAUGGUCAAUUGGAUAUGCAUUACCUGCGCAAGGCGUUAGAGAAAGUCUCCACAGCAAAGUCUCACAACUGGUCCAUUGGAGGAAGAAUGAAUGACAUCGAUCAUGUAUCACAACAAUUUCAGGCUGACAGUAGUUCAAGGAAGAGCAUCAGUGAUUCCAAUACCCUUCUGUUUCAGGCGGGGACUCCGGAGUGGGACUCAUUCUUCGAUCCUGAGAAUCUCUUCUUGCCGGUGACCUCGGAUGAGUCAGGCUCGACAGAAGUGAAUGGCACACACACAAUGCAAUGCAAGUCAGUGAUUCAUGGUUUAAUCGGGGGGAAGUCAGUCACAUGGGAGGCAAUGGCCAACCUCUCCUCCCUCUACCAUGCAUCAGCUGAACAGGAGGCAUCGUGCACCUCUAAAAACCCCUGGGAAGGGAUUCUGCAUCAGCUGACUGUGCAUUCAGUCAUCAGAGACUUUGAGAACAUGGCAGAGAAAACAAGUGAUAUUGAAUAUGGUCCUUCUGGAAAAUAUUGUCUGAAAGCUAUUCAGACCAGCAGAGCAAGUAACAGCAUGUCCAUUUACACAACUGUCGUCCCAGUGAAUGCUGCCACUCAGGAAUCAUUAUCCUCCUACGUGAAAGUUCGGAGCAAAGGAGUCAGAGUAAACCAGGCACGAGGCUCAUAUUCAGGGAGCAAGCGGCAGAGAAGUUAUUCUGCCAACUUGGUCCGGACGCCCCCAGGCCAUGAUUCUGCGGAACUGGAUGAUACAUUUGGUUCAACAGGAAUGGACAAAAUUCCGACGACACCAACCAGUGUGGGAUCUUCAUCAUCCUCUGGGUGGGAAAGGCAAAGUGUCCCGGAUGAAGAUGACCUUGAACAGGAACCAGUGCGCAAGGACUGGUGGUGGGACUCACCCAAUCUACAAAGUGAGCAGCCCACUGUGAAGAACGUUGACUGGGAGACUGAUGCCCAUGGAGACGGCAGUGGCUUGGAAAAUCCUGAUGCCCUGGAAGAGAAAUCAGAUGGCUCUGCACUGCAAGGUUCAACUGCACGCCCUGCUUCAACCACACCACUUAAGACAGGCGUUGGCCCAAUUGCAGACACUUCUGAGGAACUUAGCAAUGGGCAGAGUCCGUCAAUAGCCUCAGUCCGGACACAGAAAUCAUACGACAGUUUCUUUGCAUCCAGGUUUAAUCUGGGAAGGUACAGAAGUCUUAGUCAGACUGGAAAAUACAUACCAGUAACACCUAACUGCCUAUCUGCCAAAUUGGACACAUCUCCUGAAGCAGAGAUUAAUGAUUAUAUGCCACUGGUACGGUUACAACUGGCAUGUGGAGCAUUUCUUCUGAACGAAGCCUUCUCUGAUGCAGUCCAGAUUCCGUUAGAUCGACUGAGAAGGGCCUCACCCUUCUCGUGUCAUCGAGCAAGUCUCAGUCCAUCCUCACGCUGCAAAGCUGAAAACCUUCUCAAAGAGAAGAUCUCCGUUCAUAACAAGAGUGGCCAGUGUGUGAGCAAAAACAAUCAGGGAAAUACUGAAGAAAUCAUAAAAGUUUCAAAUAAGAUUACACGGUCAUGUCUUGAGGGUGUUUCGGAUCAUGGCAGUUCUCCAGCAAGUAGAAGCAAUUUAUUCAGUGCCAGUACUGAUGGUCACAGCACCAACAUUCAGUUGGUAGACAGUGGCAGGGGCUCUGAAACUGAAAAUUCACCAGUUGCCUCUGAAAGCAGUGGAGCCUCGUACAGGUUGAUAAGUGAACUGAACACUCAGUAUGAUGACUUGGAAGGUAUGAGCUGGGCAACUGCAGUUGGACUGGGCUGGCUCGAACACCAGUGUGCUGGUUACUUUCCAGAAUGGGAGCUUAUUGCUGCCAAGGCAGACACAUGGCUAUGUUCUCAACAGCUUCCUGAACAAUUGCAUGUUAAUGGACUGAAGGCUGCAACUAGGCAGCUUUUCCUGUUGCUACGUCAUUGGAAUGAGAAUAUCAAACUCAAUAUGUUGUGUUAUAAUCCAAAUAAUAUGUAAAUACAAAUAUUUAAUGAAUAUAAUAUAUACUUAAUAAUUUUAAAUUGAGGCAGUAAAUUGUAAUGCCUGAUUUAAAAAAAAACAGUGCAUCAGAUAUGAGGCAGCUAUUUUGCCAUUUAAGUGACCAUUAUGACAGCAGGAUUCUAUUAAUUAGAAAUGUAUGGUGCAGAUUGCAAACAUUUAUCUUCUUUCUAUGAUAUGCCUACAGAGGAAAUUCAAAUGAUAUUUAAAUACAUAAGAACUGAUUGGGAUUUAUAUAAUAGUCUUGAAAUAAAUGACAAUAUUGAUA